CUGUUUCUAUUUUUCCUGCAAACUUGUUUAUAACCCUUUCUUCUUCAUAUUUUUUGCAGAAAUCGAUUUCAUAAUGAGAUUAAUUAUCCGUAAAGAUUAUGACGAAGUGUCAGCUUGGAUUGCGCAUUACAUUAAGGAACGCAUCAAGCAAUUCAAUCCCAGUAAAGAGAGACCUUUUGUUCUAGGCCUACCAUCAGGCUCCACACCGAUCAGUUUCUUCCAAAGACUUGCAGAGUUCUGUAAAGCGGGCGAAGUAAGCUUCAAACAUGUUGUGACCUUUACCAUGGACGAAUAUGUUGGUAUUCCAAAGAAUCAUCGAGAGUCGUAUUACACGUACAUGAAUACUAGCCUUUUUCAGCAUCUCGAUAUUAAUCCAGAAAAUAUAAAUUUAUUGGACGGUAAUGCACCGGACUUGCAGGAAGAAUGCAGACGAUAUGAGGCAAAGAUUGCGAGCUAUGGUGGCAUCGAACUGUUUGUUUGCGGAAUAGGUCCUGAUGGUCAUUUUGCUUUCAACGAACCGGGAUCAUCCAUUACUUCGCGUACGCGUGUCAAAACAUUAGCAUACGAAACAAUUGUUGCGAACUCCAGGUUCUUCGGAGGAGAUAUCACAAAGGUACCAAAAGUAGCAUUAACAGUGGGUGUUGCAACUGUCAUGGAUGCUCGAGAAGUUUGUGUUGUACUUACAGGUGCUCAUAAAAGUAUAGCGCUAUCAAAAUGUGUCGAGGAUGGAAUAAAUCACAUGUGGACGGUAUCUGCUAUUCAAAUGCAUCCUAAAGGCUUAAUUGUUUGUGAUGAAGAUGCAACCCUGGAAUUGCAUGUGAAGACUGUGAGAUAUUUCAAAUCAAUCGAGCAUGUGCAUUCAUCACUUAUUGGCAAAGAAAAUCUGGGCCUUCAAGGCGAAUUAUUAUCACCUGAAGCAUCUACUGCCAUGACAACACAUAAAAAGGGACACAAUAGCCUCGUUAAAGAGCUUUUAAGGGUCGGUCAGAAUACAGUAAACGAUGAUCUGAGCGAAGAAGAAGCAGAAAUUGAUAAGGAUGAUAAACCGCCACGCCCAUUAAAGAGAAGAAGAAGUUAAAAAUAGACAAAGAAUCGUCGGAUAUUUAAGCGCAUUUAUCAUUGAACAAAAAUGUGGAUGUACAUACAUACAGACAGAAUAUUCCCUAUUGCAUACAUUUGUAACAACAAACAAUCGUACUAUUAACCUCAUGAAUAAACAUACAAAAAUGCAGCC